CUUCCAUCCCACCUGGGCGCGGGGACUCAGCGAGCGCGCGAGUCGCGGCUGGAGCCCGCCUCUCGCGGCUGGAGAGGACUCAGCCGGCCGCGGGUUCUGCUGCUUGCCCGGGUGCCCUAGCCGCUUCUCAGCCAGGGCUCCCGCAGUCAGCCCCGCGCGCGCACGCGCGCUCCCCUCGGGCGGCCUCGACGCCUCAGGGCUUCGGCAGGGCUGCGACUGGCCGGCUCCAGCGGGCGGGGCGGCGAGCCAGUGCUCGCGGCCACGUGACCGACGCCAACAUGGCGGCGCCCAGCGGCGUCCACCUGCUCGUCCGCAGAGGUUCUCAUAGAAUUUUCUCUUCACCACUCAAUCAUAUCUACUUACACAAGCAGUCAAGCAGUCAACAAAGAAGAAAUUUCUUUUUUCGGAGACAAAGAGAUAUUUCACACAGUAUAGUUUUGCCGGCUGCAGUUUCUUCAGCUCAUCCAGUUCCUAAGGACAUAAAGAAGCCAGACUAUGUGACGACAGGCAUUGUACCAGACUGGGGAGACAGCAUAGAAGUUAAGAAUGAAGAUCAGAUUCAAGGGCUUCGUGAGGCUUGUCAGCUGGCCCGCCACGUCCUCCUCUUGGCUGGGAAGAGUUUAAAGGUUGACAUGACAACUGAAGAGAUAGAUGCUCUUGUUCAUCGGGAAAUCAUCAGUCAUAAUGCCUAUCCCUCACCUCUAGGCUAUGGAGGUUUUCCAAAAUCUGUUUGUACCUCUGUAAACAACGUGCUCUGUCAUGGUAUUCCUGACAGUCGACCUCUUCAGGAUGGAGAUAUUAUCAACAUUGAUGUCACAGUCUAUUACAAUGGCUACCAUGGAGACACCUCUGAAACAUUUUUGGUGGGCAAUGUGGACGAAUGUGGUAAAAAGUUAGUGGAGGUUGCCAGGAGGUGUAGAGAUGAAGCAAUUGCAGCUUGCAGAGCAGGAGCUCCUUUCUCUGUAAUUGGAAACACAAUCAGCCACAUAACUCAUCAGAAUGGUUUGCAAGUCUGUCCACAUUUUGUGGGACAUGGAAUAGGAUCUUAUUUCCAUGGACAUCCAGAAAUUUGGCAUCAUGCAAAUGACAAUGAUCUACCCAUGGAGGAGGGCAUGGCAUUCACUAUAGAGCCAAUCAUCACGGAGGGAUCCCCCGAAUUUAAAGUCCUGGAGGAUGCAUGGACUGUGGUCUCCCUAGACAAUCAAAGGUCGGCCCAGUUCGAGCACACGGUUCUCAUCACGUCGAGGGGCGCGCAGAUCCUGACCAAACUGCCCCAUGAGGCCUGAGGAGCCGCCCGAAGGUCGCGGUGACCGGGUGCCUUUUUAAAUAAAUUGCUGAAAUUUGGCUGGAGAACUUUUAGAAGAAACGGGAAUGACCGGUCGCGCGGUAACCUGCGUGGCAUCUGAUAGCCUUUGGAAAAACGCGGGGGGGACUGGAGAGCAACUGGGAACUCGGAUCUGAAGCUCUGCUGGGGUCGCCCGGCUUUGGAAAAACAAAUCCUGGCUCUGGACUCGGUUUCCCAGCGCGGUCAACGCAUCUGGAGGGGACUGGAGGAAACCCCCUUGGUGGAAGAGAUUCCAAGAGAAGCACGGUUUUCUCUUUCCUUUGCCCUGACUGUUAGAGUAAAAAUCUCUUAAAUCCA